AGUACACUAAACUACGUAUAGCUUGGUAUAACCAGAAUACAUAGUUGUAUAGAAGUAACAAUCGAAUAUUUACAUAUUUCUUAUACUCAAAAAUUUCAUGUUUGGUUCCAUUAAUUCCAUUUUAAUAAGAAUUAAAAAAUAUUGAUUAUAAUAAAUAUUGAAAUUGUAACUACAUUACUUGUAAAGUGUCAUAUAUAUUUAUCGUUAUAAAUUUAUAAGAUGUAAAGAAGUUACAAGAGAAUAGCGAAUAUUAGAAUAUUGAAAAUGUGCGAGUUAUAAAAUUUUGGAAAUGUCAAGAAACGUUGUUAACGUACAUAAAGGAAAUAUCAAAGUGAUUUUGUUGUUUUUUUAAUAAAUUAAUAUUACGAUAAAAACAAGAAGGUUAUGUUACCGCACAGUUUUACAAAAAUAAAACAGCAAUUAAAAACACGUGUGAAAAUUGAAGUUUAUAAAGUGCAUAAAUAUGAUAAGAUUUGGAACGAUGUUCGAUAACCGUGAAAUUGGAAAACGAAUACGACGCUUACUUGAUGGGAAUUACUCAUAUCGUAAGAUACUUAUAUUACUUACUAUAUGUGGUGGAAUACUUCUAUAUUUUGGUCCAUCUUUUGUGCAGUGGCUUUUUUCUUCUACUAGAGAAUCAAUAGAAGCAAUUGAAGAUCAAUGUAUGAAUGAACGACUAACUGCCUUUCAUUCAGAUGUUGAAGAAUAUAAUGCAAAUAUUCUCCAUAAUCCACCAAAGGAAGGAGAACAUCAUUAUUUGCCAUAUAUCGGCAAUGGGGUUUUUGGAAUUCCUAUUUUACCAGAGGCUUUAAUAUAUAUAAAACGAGGAAGAGCACUAUCAUUGCCAAUACAAUGGCAACCCUUAAUUUCUCAUCCUUUACUUAAAACCAAUUUUUAUCGAGACGCUACAAUUACUCAUUUUACAAGCGGGAUUGUUUAUCGUUACCAGUGUUUUAGAGAAGGAUAUUACAUAGAGUUUCAAUACUAUGCUCAUAGAAUAUUUGAUGCAAUAUUGGUACAAGAUAUAAAAAUAACUAAUCCUCUUUCACUUUCCCAAAAUGUACCAUUGAAGCCACAGAUGUCUACACAGUGGGAUAAUUACCGCAUAGAAGUGAUCAAAAUUCAGGUAGAUGAUUUUCUGGAUGAAUAUAAUCUAAUUUCUGGAUUUAUUCCAUUAUCUAACUCAAAUAAAAUUGUGACAGUAUCAAUAGUUUAUAAAACACCUCCAAGAAUAUUACAAAUUAAAGCAAAAAGUUCUAUAAAAUUAAAAUUCUUAACAAGUAUACAGUAUAGUGAACCUACACUCAUGGAAGAACAUCACACUCAAUAUGAAUUAACCAAAGAAAAAGCUAUAGAGGCAAUUAAGAAAGCAAUCAGUAUUCAGCACCAAAGUUUAAAAGAAGAUCAUAUUAAUCUUUGGCAAAGUUAUUGGUACACAGGUCUUAGAAUAAGCGACUCUAAAGCUGAUGGUGCAAUAAAUGGUCAUAAAAUAAAUUCCACUCUAUAUUAUGUAUUGUCUCAAAUUUCGAAAGGUAUUCCCGAUAUAGAAAAAAAUGUAGCCAUGAAUGAAGGUUGUUACCGCGGGCAUCACACCUUAGAUGCUCCACGGUUAUGGAAAGACACAUCCUCUAUUGACGCUAUGAACAAUGUCGUUGAAGCAUGGUUAAUAACAUUAGAAAAACAAGGAUGUCACCAUUUAAUGAUUGGUGAUCCUGCAGCAGUGCAACAAGCUAUCGUUUUAAGUCUUGGUAGUUUACGUUUUAGUAAUCAACAUCUUGAAUUUAAUAUUGAUCCACAAUAUCUUAAUCGAGAUUAUUUAUUUAGGAGAAUAAGUUAUGGUAAUGUAACACAUUUAAAUAUAUCAGUAACGGUUGGAGAAGAUAAUCGUGCAGUUUUAAAAGUAGCUUUAGACAAGAGUGAUAGUGUCUAUUUUGGAUGUGAUGCUGGAUGUUUGAAUCCACCUGUUUCAUUGAGUCAAUUGUAUGCAAGCAUUCCAGUGAAAUUGACAAAACCAUUAACGGCUAUACUGUAUGUAACAUCUGAUUAUCAACAUAUGCAAGAUUUGCGAAAUGCUUUACAUGUACAUGCUAUAGACGAUGCUCCAGCACAUGAUCAUCUUGUAAUGGCUUUACAUAAACAUGGACAUCAAUUGGGAGGCUUACCAACGCUUUUUUGGAUCAGUAUAUGUUUUCUUAUAAUUGUGUUCCAUUUAUUUCUUUGUAAACUUAUUAUUAAUGAAUAUCAUGGUCAUCAAGAUAAACAAAAAGUGAGGUAUAGUAAGCUAUGAUAUAUACAUUGUAUAUAUUACAUAUAUAUGUUCAUAUAUGUACAUAAUACAUAUGUGCAUAUAUACAAUACCUGUAUGUAUGUGAGUGUUAAUAUAAAGCUAAACUAUCUUCAUAUAUUGUAUGUAUAAAUUUAACUAUAAUGUAAAAAUUUAUGGAGAAUUCUACAUACAAAGGGGGCCAGAAAAAUCUAUACAUGUCUCAAUGAAAGAAAAAGCUGUAUGAAAGGUGUGAGCUAAAUCUAUAUAGAUGUCAAAGAAUGAAUAUAGAUCAACUUUGACUUCUAUGAUUACAAUAGAUGCUCAAAAUAAUUAUCAUAACUGAUUUAAUACUUGUGAUUACGGCAAAAUACUGUUUGAGCAAUGUAGAUUAUAGUGCUCAGUGGAAUUUCUCCCCAAAGCACAGUCACUGAUAAAAUCUAUUAAAAUGUAUAUACAUUUUUUUUGACCCCCUCUGUGUAUAUAUAUAUAUAUAGUAACUAUUUUUAAUAUUAUAUAAUUAUAUAUAUUAUAUUAUAAACAUAAGUUUCUAUUUUACUUAGAAAAUUCUGUUAUCAUUCUUGUUAUCCUUAUCAUUAUUAUUAUGCUAAAUUAACAAUACAUGUACAGUUCACAGCACAACCGAAGAAAAAAUAAUUUUUUAUGAGAAGAUAAAUAAGUGAUUUGUUACAGAAAUCUAUUAUUUAUGAUUUCUUUUUUACAGAAAAUUUGUUUUGAAAAUAUAACAUCAACCAGUUAUAUAAUACAAGUACCUGGUUACUGUGUCACUCUAUCAUUGAUUGUUUCUAUCCACAUUUAUUUACCUAACAUUAACAAUUAUAUUAUUUAAGUAAUAUAAUAGAUUUUUAUACAUUAAUUGAUUUUAUUAUUACAAACUUAAAAGUGCACAUCUGGUUCUUAUACACAGCUCUGAUUUACGAAUUAAGGAAAUAUAAACAAAAUCAAAGACAUUCUCUUUAUUUUUAAUUUUUUAAAUUGUAUAAUUUGAUAUUUUAUUUGUCUUCCCCGUAAACCUAUGUGUUGGUAAUUCUGCGGGGAUCCUCAGAUACGUUGUAAGUGUCUAUAUCUAGCAUGAAGGCCAUCAUAGGCGACAGGUUGAAAUACACUCAACCAGCGCGCUUCAGUCAUGCACAAUACUCAGCUGCCUGUAUGCGGAUUUGACAGUAAAAUCAUCACUAGAACUAAGAUAGGAUCACUUUUCAAAGCCCUACUGUCUAUCGUACACGUUGCAGGAGCAGAGAAGCGGAUCACGAGAAGCGUUCACACGCCAACAUCUCCAAGGAAAUCUAAGUCUGUUCCCAUCAUUCCCCGGAGAGGCAUUUAUCCUGCACAAAGGCGGACUUUCGAUAAUUCCAGGGAGGCAUUCAGCUUGCAGAUAGCCAAUCCACAAUUAUCGGAUUUGUUCGAAUGACAAUUUGGGUUCUAAAAAGGACGGUCAUCAAUGCAGUGAGUUGCGCUAGAUCAUAAAGAUAGGUAUAAUUUGUAAAGUUUAUUAAAAAAAUUGCGGAAUGAAUUAAGGUAUAAUAUAAGAUUGUUGCGUCGUUUCUGGUAUUAAUUUUCAAAUAAAUAGUGUGCAAAAACUUA